CUUAUAUCCUUUGCCUAUAAAUACAACUCUCUUGGCUCUCAUUUCAACCAUCAUAAAUACCUUGAGAAACAUCACAACUAUAUUUUUAUCCAUUUAGCUUCUACUUAAGUUUCACUUCAUCACACCACUUUCUCAUGGGAGAUAAUGUUGUAGUGUCCAAUAUGGAGCUUGAGAGGUUGUUUAGCAUGAAAGGUGGGAAAGGAGAAGCUAGCUAUGCCAACAAUUCCCAAGCUCAGGCCAUACAUGCAAAAUCUAUGCUUCAUCUUCUAAAAGAAGCACUAGACGGAGUUGAGCUUCAUGCACCAGACAUUCCAUUUGUGGUGGUGGACUUGGGCUGUUCAUGUGGAAGCAACACAAUCAAUGUUAUGGAUGUGAUCGUAGAACACAUCAUCAAGCGUUAUGAAGCAUUGGGGCGCAAUCCACCUGAAUUCUCUGCUUUUUUCACUGACCUUCCGAGGAAUGACUUCAAUACCCUCUUUCAACUUCUUCCUCCUAUGGCCAACUAUGGUAAUAGCAUGGAAGAGUGCCUUGCUGCUAAUAAUCAUCGUUGCUACUUUGCUGCGGGUGUCCCCGGUUCUUUCUACCGGAGACUUUUUCCGGCUAAGUCUGUUGAUUUUUUUCACUCUGCAUUUUCUUUGCAUUGGUUAUCUCAGGUACCAGAAUCUGUUGAAGACAAGAGAUCAAAUGCAUACAACAAAGGAAGGGUGUUUACCCAUGGUGCUAGUGAGAUAACAACAAAUGCUUACAAGAAACAAUUCCAAACAGAUUUGGCAGGUUUCCUCACCUCAAGGUCAAUAGAGAUGAAAAGUAAAGGGACCAUGUUCUUGGUUUGUUUAGGCAGGACUUCAGUGGACCCCACAGACCAAGGUGGGGCUGGUCUCCUCUUUGGGACCCAUUUUCAGGAUGCUUGGGAUGAUCUUGUCCAAGAGGGGCUAAUUACCAAUGAGAAAAGAGAUGAUUUCAACAUUCCUGUUUAUGCACCAAGUUUGCAAGACUUCAAGGAAGUGGUGGAAGCUGAUGGUUCAUUUUCCAUUAACAAACUCGAGGUUUUCAAAGGAGGGAGUCCUCUUGUGGUGAAUCAACCUGAUGAUGCAAGUGAAGUGGGAAGGGCUUUGGCUAACAGUUGUAGAAGUGUUGCUGGUGUUCUUGUUGAUGCUCAUAUUGGUGAUAAGCUAAGUGAGGAGCUUUUUCUUAGAGUGGAGAAAAGAGGCACCAAUCAUGGCAAGGAGUUGUUAGAGAAACUUCAGUUCUUUCACAUUGUUGCAUCACUUUCUUUUGUUCAAUGAGGAGGAAGGGAAAUAAAAUUGUUUUGAAUUGUGUGUAGUGUGAUUUUGUGGAAUCAAGCAAUUGACCGAUUAAUAUUAAUUGGACAGUUCGAAUUUCAGUGUAAUUUUGUUUUUGCUA